AUGGAGAACAAAUCUGCUACCAACGCCCCGCUGCAUCAGCACACAGAUGGCGUCUUCGAUUCGAAAAUAAUGGACGAAUCAGACAAGGACCAUCUAGGCACAGCGUCAAACGAAGGUUCUCAAAUCAAACAAGAUGAUGAACCUUCUCCGCGUCAGAUUCAUGGAAUCAAGGUAUGCCACAUCUAGGCUCACUCAAUGUUCCCACAUACUAACAGCCUCAUAGUGGGCCAUUGCCUACACAUCUAUCCUUUCAUCAACCUUCCUCUUCGCCCUAGAUAACACUGUCAUGGCCGAUGUACAACCCUCUAUCCUCAACCGUUUCGGUGCCAUCGAACAGCUACCCUGGCUAGGUGUUGCCUUUGCACUAGGCGGAAUUUCCAUCCUGCCUUGGGGUAAAGCUUACGGAAUAUUCAACAUCAAAUGGCUGUACAUCUCAACCGUCUUGCUUUUCGAAAUCGGAAGCGCCCUGUGUGCUGCAGCACCCACGAUGAAUGCAUUGAUCGUUGGCCGGGUGAUCGGUGGUGUUGGUGGGGCAGGAAUGUAUUCUGGAACGCUAACUUAUAUCGCGGUUACCACUUCGAAGUUUGAGAGACCGAUUUAUAUGGCUGGUGUUGCUAUUGUCUGGGGUGCGGGAACGGUCUUGGGACCAGUUGUUGGAGGAGGCUUUGCGAACAGUGCUGCUACGUGGCGAUGGGUAUGUGGUAAUACCUUUACUUGCGAGUUAAUUGCUAAUAAUCUCAGGCUUUUUAUAUCAAUCUCGUUAUUGGCGCCAUUUUCGCUCCUGAUUACCUCUUCCUUCUUCCUAGCGUUGAUCUCAAACCAGACACUUCGCUUAUGAAUAAGUUGAAGAUGAUGGACUGGAUCUCUCUUGCCAUUUUCUUCGGCGGAACUACAUGCUUCACUAUGGCGGUUAAUUUUGGGGGUACAGUUUACGCUUGGAAUUCCGGAUCCGAAAUCGCAUUGUGGGUUAUGACAGGUGUCUUACUGAUUGCGAUUAUCGUCACGACAAUUUAUCACCCGGGCGUUACGAAGGAAAAUCGAAUGUAUCCGGCACAUUUCCUCAGACGUCAUGUUCUUGUAAAUCUACAACUACAACUUUUCCUUGUCUCAGGAGUCAUGCUUGUAAGUCUUCUCCCAAUUACAUCUACUGAUCUUAUCUUCUGACUUUGAGUUACCAGACGACUGCGUACUACAUUCCGUUAUAUUUCCAAUUUACCAAAGGCGAUAACGCUAUCCAAGCCGCCGUUCGACUUCUACCCUUCAUCUUCAUGAUCGUCACAUUCUCCAUUGUAAACGGAGUUCUAAUGCCAAAGUUCGGGUAUUACAUGCCUUGGUACGUAGGAGGAAGCGCCUUAGUUGUUAUUGGUGCGUCUCUGAUGUGUAAGUCUCCCCUCCAAAACUCAAAUGUAAAACUCCCUAAUGUUCCUCCAGAUACAAUUAACGCCGAUACCUCGGCAUCCAGGAUAUACGGCUACACAGUCCUCAUGGGCGUCGGGGCAGGAACCUUCCUCGCCUCCAGCUUUGCCGUCGUACAAGCCCUCGUCCCAGUACACGACCUCAGCAACGCCGUCGGAUUCAUGAGUGUCGCCCAAGAUCUGGGUAUCGUCGUAAUCCUCGCCAUCGCCGGGACGGUCUACCAAAACACUGCGAUCAAGAAUAUCACAAAAGCCAUUCCGGGCACGUCGAGAGACGACGUCUUCAAUAUCAUUGCUGGGACGAGCAGUCCUGCGUUUACCGCGCUGCCACUGGAUACGCAGACGGAGGUUGUUGCGCAGAUUGUUAAGGCUAUGAGUGGGGUGCGGGCGCUUUUGAUUGCGGGGAUGGCGUUGAGCUUUGUGUUGAGUUUGUUUUUGGGGGUGAGUUUUCUGGGUUGUGUGUGUAUUUGGAGUUUUUGCUAAUUUUAUUACAGAGAGAAAAGUUGUAUAUGGAAGGUGGAACUGCUCCGCCGGAGGCAUUGGACGGAGAGAAAGCAUAG